CUGAAAAAUGUCACAUACGGAUGCGAACUAAAUCCAGUAUAAGUAUAAGUAGUAGGACUUCAGAAGCCAGUUACACGGAUGCUGAUACUGAAGAUUAUCACGACAAUUGCUUCAAAAUGGAUACGAUUGAAGCUACAUCAAAAGGAGUCAUUCAAGGAUCUAUUUUGAUUAAAUACUUCACAUCUGGUUGUAGCUGGGGUUUGAUUAUCACAGUAGGAUUAUUUUUUAUUUUAACACAAUGCACCACAAGUGGAGUUGAUUACUUUAUCUCUAUUCUCGUAAACGAAGAAGAAUCAAGAUAUAAAAGCCACUUCACAUCUCGUAAUCAUACUUUACCAAUAAACACCAGUAAUUAUAUUGAUAAUUACAAUAUCACACCGGCUCUCAAGUAUAUCUACAUCUACUCAGGACUAGUCCUGUCAAUAUUUGUCAUUGGAAUCAUCAGAUCAUUUGUGUUUUUCCAAUUCUGUGUAAAUAACAGUCAAAGUCUGCAUGACCAAGCUUUUGGAGCUCUUAUAAGAACAAGUAUGCGAUUUUUCGAUACAAACUCUAGUGGAAGAAUACUGAAUAGGUUCUCUAAAGACAUAGGAGCUAUUGAUGAACAACUUCCUAAAGCGUUGCUUGAUUCAGGCCAAAUAAUAGCACUGAUGGUGGCAUCAUUAAUUAUUGUAUGUGUUGUAAAUCCUUUCUUUUUAAUUGCCAUAUUAAUAAUUGUAUUCAUAUUUUACUGGUUAAGAAAAAUCUACCUUAAAACAAGUAAGAAUGUUAAGAGACUCGAAGGAAUGAUGAGAUCACCAGUAUUUACUCAUUUAAAUACUACAAUUAACGGUCUCAGAACAAUAAGAGCAUGCGGAGCACAGAACGUUCUAACAGCAGAGUUUGAUAUUCUUCAAGAUCGUCAUACCUCAUCUUGGUACAUGUUUUUAGCAACGAGUAUAGCAUUUGCAUUUGCAUCAGACAUUUUUUGUUUUUUAUUUAUAACAGCUAUUACGUUCAGCUUUCUUUUGUUUGACUUCGGAAUCUCAGGUGCCGAAGUUGGUCUAGCAAUAUCAACAGUACUAGCGAUAACAAGAAAAAUACAGUUUGGUAUGCGUCAAGGUGCUGAAGUAACGAAUCAGAUGAUGUCGGUAGAGCGAGUUUUAGAGUAUUCACUUUUACCGCCUGAGGAGAAUAUUGCGGAAGAUAAACCGACCAAGAAGGAUAAAAAAAAAGGGUUACAAGUGACGUCAAAAACAGUACAUGCACCAGAAAAUUGGCCAACAGAGGGAUGCAUCAAGUUCCAGAAUGUAUUCAUGCGUUAUUCCGAGGAAGAGCAACCGGUACUUAAAGGACUUGAAUUGGUGAUUAAACCUAGAGAGAAGGUCGGGAUUGUUGGGAGAACAGGUGCCGGUAAAUCUUCAUUGAUCUCUGCUCUGUUUCGUUUGGCCAAGGUCGAAGGAGUCAUUGACAUCGAUGGAGUGGAUACUGGAUCUAUUUAUUUAGAAGAGUUGCGUAAAAAAAUCUCUAUUAUACCUCAGGACCCUGUUCUGUUCUCUGGAACCCUGAGGAAGAAUUUGGAUCCGUUCAACGAAUUCCAAGAUUCUCUGCUCUGGGCAGCUUUAGAAGAAGUCGAGCUGAAGGAGGCUUUCACUGGAUCUAAUGGUUUAGAGUCACGGGUAUUUGAUCGUGGUACAAACUUUAGUGCCGGCCAAAGACAGCUGGUCUGUCUUGCUCGAGCUAUUCUUCGAAACAACAAAAUUCUUAUGCUUGAUGAAGCCACAGCUAAUGUCGAUCCUCACACUGAUGGUCUCAUCCAACGUACCAUUCGUAAAAAGUUUGCCAACUGCACUGUACUUACUGUCGCACAUCGACUCAACACCAUCAUGGACAGUGACAAAGUCCUGGUGAUGGAGAAGGGACGAAUGGUCGAGUUCGAUCAUCCCUACAUCCUGCUUAAAAAUGACUUUGGCCAUUUUACCUCACUCGUCAAAGAAACCGGUCGUGCUAUGACUGAACAGCUCACUCGCAUUGCAAAACAAGCAUACGAUUAUAAGCAGAACGAGAGAAAUUAAAUCACCAAAUAAAAUGAAUUUAUUUAUCAAGACCCAUGUGCUCAAUUUAUCAGUAUUUUUUGAAUUAUCUAUUUGUACAGAUGCAUAUUUAAAAUAU